AUGGAGGCACUGGAUGUCGACCGUAUCCUCGGGCAGCUGCUAGAGGUCCGGCAUACCAGACCAUUGAAGCUCGUCCAGCUCACAGAAGUAGAGAUCAGCAGUCUAUGCUUCCUCUCCCGGGAAGUGUUCAUGGACCAGCCAAUUCUUCUUGAGCUGGGCUGCCCCCUCAAGAUAUGCGGUGACGUUCAUGGACAGUACUCUGACUUGCUGAAGCUGUUUGAAUGCGGCGGCUUCCCUCCUGAGGCGAAUUACCUCUUCUUGGGAGAUUACGUCGACAGGGGCAAGCAGAGCCUCGAGACGAUUUGCUGCCUCCUUGCUUACAAGGUGAAGUUUCCAGAGAACUUCUUCCUUCUGCGCGGCAACCAUGAAUGUGCUUCCAUCAAUCGUAUAUAUGGCUUCUACGAUGAAUGCAAGCGGCGGUACAGUAUCAGGUUGUGGAAAACCUUCACUGACUGUUUCAACUGCCUCCCGGUCAGCGCAGUCAUAGAGGACAAAAUUGUGUGCAUGCAUGGUGGCCUCUCACCUGAGCUUAAUCAGCUGCAGCAGAUCAAUCAAGUGAUCAGGCCGACGGACGUGCCGGACACAGGCUUGCUGUGCGACCUCCUCUGGUCAGAUCCAGAGAAAGAGAUUAGUGGCUGGGGGGAGAAUGACCGAGGGGUCUCUUUCACCUUCGGGCCAGAUGUAGUUUCAGGCUUUCUGAGAAAGCAUAGCCUGGAUCUCGUAUGCCGUGCGCACCAGGUUGUUGAAGACGGCUACGAGUUCUUCGCGGCACGAGCCCUCGUGACGCUUUUCAGCGCUCCGAACUAUUGCGGCGAGUUCGACAACUCAGUCUCGUCCUCGGACAUCAAGCUUCAGAAGCCUCUGUCUUUUGGCUUGCUCGAGUCGCCAGCCUCUGGCUUCAUAACAGGGAAGGGGUAG